UUUUGUCUUUCUGAGUAAAAUCGACAAUAACAAUACUAGAAGUGAUUAUAGUUAGUAUCCAUUGUAGUGAGUGAUAUGUCAUAUGAAAUUAAUUGACAUAUUAUGCAUAUAUAUGCAUACAUGAAUCCAAAUGCACCAGUUUAGUUUGUACCCAUUUCACUUUUGUGCAAAUGGUGGUAUACAGUUGGAUUCAGUCAUAAUUGGGAUCAUUUAACAAUAGUUAUCUUUAUUAUCCUACUUGUUAAAAAUCCUGUUUAGAAAACAAUGGGUGUACGAUCUAAGUCUGAUAAAAAUACUGAAGGAGGUAGCGAAAUAGACAGAAGAGUGAAAAUCAUUUUAAUCGGUGAUUCGAAUGUUGGCAAAUCAAGUCUAGUAAGAUCAUUUACUACUCAACCGAAUGAAGUGGAUGCAUCGUCUACAAUUAGUACAGAUUUGAAAUUGUGCGAGAUGAUAGUCAAUGAUGAAUUAGUCAAGUUAUACAUUUGGGAUACAGCUGGUACAGAAAGAUUUAAAAAUCAAAUGUCACCUUCAUAUUUUCGUCAUGCACAAGGUGCUUUAGUCGUAUAUGAUGUAGGAUGUCAAAAGAGUUUUGAAGAAUUGAAGAAUUGGCUGAAAACUAUUGAACAUCAUUCAGGCUCAAGAAUAGUCAAAUUGAUCGUUGGCAAUAAGAUAGAUCUACCUGCACGUGCAAUUCCUAUUCAAAAAGCUGAGGAAUUUGCUAAAAGUAUUAAUUGUACAUACUUAGAAACGAGUGCUAAAAAUAGAACAAAUGUGAAAGAAGCAUUUGAAACGCUAGUUCAAUUGAUCAUGGAAAAGCACUCCACUGAUGUGCGCAUUAAGGAGACUACGAUUAUAUUGCAUGAAAAAUCUGGUAGUCGGAAAUCACGUUGCUGUCAUCAUUAAAUAUGUCAACAUUUUGCUGUUGUGUAUAAAAUGGAACAAAAAACGGGACGGUUUUUUUCAUAAUGUAACAUCCCAGGUUUUACUACUAUGAAGUGUUUUAUAAUUUUUGUUUAAAUACGGAAAAGUCUCGGUCAUCAGUAGUGGGUAUAUCGUUUACUUUCUAAAAUUCAAACUGCGCUCUUUUUCGAAGAAAUAUAUGUGUAAAUGAUGAUUUAAAACAAAACUGUUGUAAGAGGUUUAAUGUUUGAUUUGCUGUAAUUAGUAUUUUAUGAGUAGAGAAUGAUGAAUAAAUACAGUAAAUGAA